CCCUCCCUUCCUCCUCUUCUUCCUCGGAGCGAGCAAGACGAAGACGAAGAAGACGACGACGACUCAAAGAGAUUUCCAUGUGAACUCGAUUCAAUCUUUGCUUGCUCAAGUAUCCUCCCCAAAUCCAAUCUCCAUGGAUUCUUCUCCGAGCGCCAGCAACAAAUGAAGCCGACCAAGAGCCGCGCCUUGAGCCCUCCCGCCGCUGGCCGGCCCUGGCAUUGCCGACGCGGAGGAAAGCCUCGCGAUGACCACCCCGAUGGCGGUCCCUCCGUCCUCUGCCGUCUCAUUCCGUCGCUUCUUUUCCUCGCGGCUCUCGUUGCCUAUCUUCUUGGCCUCUGGUACUGCGCCUCCUUCUUCUCCGCCUUGGGUUCGACGUCUCCGACACCUCCUCCUCCUCUCGGGUCGGUGUAUCGGAGCAACGAGCUGUUUCAGAAGCUAUUGCCGGAAAUGCUCUCGGAUAAUUCUUCAGCUGCUCAGAUAAACAAGAUUUGGACAAACAGAAGGAAACUCAAACGGUCAAAGCAUUGCACAAUUCAUAAGACACAGUAUUCUUCUGGGUCAAUAGAACCAUCAGGUUAUCUGAUAGUUGAUGCAAAUGGUGGUCUAAAUCAACAACGCUCAUCGAUAUGCAAUGCUGUUGCAUUGGCUGGACUGCUAAAUGCUAUUCUCGUUAUUCCCAAGUUCCAUGUUCACAACAUUUGGAUGGAUCCAAGCAAAUUUAAGGAUAUUUAUGAUGAAGAUCACUUCAUAGACACUCUUAAAGGACAUGUGAAAGUGGUGAAAGAACUCCCUGAGAUGAUUGUCGAAAGAUUUGGCUACAAUACCAGCAGUAUACCAAACUUGAAAGCUAAAGCUUGGGCAACAGCAAGAUUUUAUUCAGAUGUUGCACUACCAUUAUUGCAGGAGCACGGUGUUAUUCGCAUUGCCCCUUUUGCAAAUAGACUGGAAGUUGAAGUUCCAUCAGACAUGCAACGACUUAAGUGCUUUGCUAAUUUCAAGGCAAUCAGGUUCUCAUCUUCCAUAGCAACAAUGGCAACGAAGCUAAUUCAUCACAUGAAAGAGAAAAGUUCAUUAUCUGAGGGGAAUUAUGUUGCUGUCCACCUACGCUUUGAGGCGGACAUGGUAGCCUUCUCGUGCUGCAUUUAUGAUGGAGGAAUGGAUGAAAAAGUAGAAAUGGAUUCAGCUCGCCAAAGAGGUUGGAAGAAGUUUAAACUCCAAAGUCACUGUUUGAGACCUGAUCUAAACAGAAUUCAAGGCAAAUGCCCUUUGACUCCUUUGGAGGUGGGAAUGAUGUUAAGAGGCAUGGGCUUCAAUAACAACACUCCAAUUUAUUUGGCAUCUGGCAAAAUAUACAAGGAAGAAACACGCUUAGCGCCACUAUUGCAACUAUUUCCACUUCUACAGACAAAACAAUCUCUUGCUACUCCAGAGGAGCUUGUUCCAUUUCAGGAUUACUCAUCGAGGUUGGCUGCUUUAGACUAUUCUGUGUGUCUUCACAGUGAAGUUUUUGUGACCACCCAGGGUGGCAACUUUCCACAGUUCAUGAUAGGCCAUCGUCGAUUCCUCUAUGGAGGGCAUUCUAAGACCAUUAAGCCAAACAAGCGAAAGUUGGUCAUGUUGUUUCAAGAUACUAAUAUCAAUUGGAAGUCUUUCAAGGAAGAAAUGGAAGGAAUAUUUCGUGAGAGCGAAAGAAAGGGAAUGGCACAACGGAAGAACAAUCAGUCUGUGUACUCCUCCCCUUUGCCAGAUUGUACUUGUCUCCAAGAUCAAAUAAUUCAACACCCUUGAUCACGUAGUAGCAACACAAACUUUUUUAUCAAUAAACUUAUUUGUGUAAAUCUUGAUUGUGAUCGUAUUUUUUGUUUUUUUUUUGUUUUUUAAUUUCAAUACAUAUAUUCAGAUGGAAAAUAACUAAGUACUCCUUUGUUUCAUUACAAAAAGGAACAAUUAUUUGUUGGGAUGGAA